UACCAUACAGGUGUUUGACAAUUUACGGACACACAUUUAUUUGUUUCUAUUGUUUUAAAGCGAGUAUUUUGUUACAUCCAGUACAUUCAACGAAUAUCAUAUCCAUCUGACCAAAAUCUCUGACUUUGAUGUUAAUAUAGUUUCAUUGCCAGUUUCAAACAUGGCCGGUUACUUUGAAGAAAUGGGAUGGACCCCACUGGGUAACGCAGAAGCACCAAACCAUCUCAUACAGAUGGCCCGUUUCUUGAGAGAUUCCGGCAUGUGGGACUUGUUGGGCGAACAAGAAAGAUUGCCACCUCCAGCCUCCAAGGAGGCCGUCCAGAGUUUGGAGGAAGUCGAAUUCAAGGGCGACAAUGAAAAGAAGGGCCAGUGUCCUGUUUGUCUGAAGGAGUUCGAAAAAGGAAUAACUGCCAAAUUGAUGCCUUGUAAGCACACUUUCCACAAAGAGUGCAUCGAGCCUUGGUUGGAAAAGACGAAUUCCUGUCCGUUGUGCAGGCACGAAUUGCCCACAGACGACGAGGACUACGAGGAUUUUAAGAAAGAAAAAAAACGCAGGGUGGAGAGGAAAAAGGAUCUAGAAGUGCUGCACGACUCCAUGUUUACCUAGUAAACGUCCAAUGCUGGAACGAUUAAAUUAGCAUUCCUGUGUGUGUUGACUAAUGUUGAUUCGUGCUUAACUUUGAAUAUACACAUGUGUAGUGGGUUUUCAAUCCCACUACAACAAUACAACUGUAGAAGAUUUUAUUUGUAUGAAAAUUUGAGCUUACGAUGUUAGUUUAUUAUGUCACAAGUUUUUAUCAUUAGAGUACAACGAGUAUGUUAAACAUAGCACACGUGCACAUAGUCACAUCGACAGCAAAUAUAAUGUAAAUUUUAAAAAACAAAA